AUGGUGGGUGGUGAUGCCGCCUCAGCGGUGGAGGAGCUGGUGUCCGGGGUACGGCAGGCGACCGACUUCGCCGAGCAGUUCCGCUCCUACUCGGAGAGCGAGAAGCAAUGGAAGGCCCGCAUGGAGUUCAUCCUGCGCCACCUGCCCGACUACCGCGACCCGCCGGACGGCGGCGGCCGCCUGGACCAGCUGCUGUCCCUCUCCAUGGUCUGGGCCAACCACCUCUUCCUGGGUUGCAGUUACAACAAGGACCUUUUAGAUAAGGUGAUGGAAAUGGCUGAUGGGAUUGAAGUGGAAGACCUGCCACAAUUUACCACCAGAAGUGAGUUAAUGAAAAAGCAUCAAAGCUAA